ACCCCAUCAGCUGUUCAGAAGAUAAAACAGCUUCUUAAAGAUAAACCUGAGCAUGUAGGUGUGAAAGUAGGUGUUCGUACAAGAGGAUGCAAUGGACUUUCUUACACGUUAGAAUAUACAAAAUCGAAAGGAGACUCUGAUGAAGAAGUAGUUCAAGAUGGGGUUAGAGUGUUUAUUGAGAAGAAGGCACAGCUGACACUCUUAGGAACUGAAAUGGACUAUGUAGAAGACAAACUGUCCAGUGAAUUUGUCUUCAAUAAUCCUAACAUCAAAGGAACAUGUGGCUGUGGAGAAAGCUUUAACAUCUGAAAUCUCAGGACUACUACUUUGACUGUGAACACCCCAAAACACUUACUAUUAUGGCUUUCAGAAGCAAAUGCAUUUUCUUCAGGUUUGUAGGCUCCGUAAAGUGUGGAUACCAUUAAGAAAAAUAGCGCUAAAUCAUUUUGAAAAUGUAAUUUUUGUGUUAAAUUCCACCACUGAUGUAGUUAAUGCUGUAAUUUGUGAUGAGUUGGGAUCCAAAAGGUAAGAACAGUAAGUGCUGUAGUAACCUCUCUGUACUUUCACAUGCCAAGGAAAUAAAAUCUCACUGUUCUUUUCCUUUGUCAUUUUCUUUGUCCACUCUACGUGCAGUUCCCCAUCCAAAAUCCAUUUGAAAAAAUAAUUGCCUAUGUGUUCUGCUUUGAUUUGGGGAAAAAAAAAACCAACAAAACAAAACAU